AUGGGCUGGUUCUGGGCAGACGCAACGCUCGCCGCGCCGGUUGCGCCGCACCCAUUACCAAGAGGCGACGCCUCCCCUCCUCCCGGCUGCCCCAUGCACAAGCCAUCCUCCACCUCAAAAUCCAUAUCAUCCACCAGCACAUUACUAGCCGCGCCCACAAUACCGCAAGGCUCCUGUCCCUACAUCCCUCCCGACAGCGCCACAUCCCGCACUUCCGCACCACAACCCACCAACUCAACCGCCUCUACACUCUCCAAGUUCAACCCCCUCAACUACAUGCCCUCCCUAUCCAACAAGCGCGAAUCGUCUCAUCAAAGCGCCGACCUCCCCCUCUCCCGCGAGCGGUCCUCGAUACCCAAAGGCGACGGCACCGGCAACUGGGAAUACCCAUCCCCGCAGCAGAUGUACAACGCGAUGCUGCGCAAGGGCUACACGGACACCGACACCUCGGCCGUCGAGUCCAUGGUCGCGGUCCACAACUUCCUGAACGAGGGCGCCUGGGCCGAGAUCGCGGAGUGGGAGCGGCGCUUCGGGCGUGGGCUGUCGCGGGGAUGGCGGGCGUGCAAGCGCGGCGAGGCAGGCACGGUGUUUGACGCCUCGACGGGUGUGGAUUGGGACGAGAGGAGGGAGCAGAUGGAGGAGCCAAGACUGGUGAGGUUCAUGGGGCGUCCGGGAGAGCUGACGCCAAAAGCGAGGAUGCUGCAGGUACUAGCAUGGGCGUACCCGGACAAGUUCGGCACGCAGCCGCCGUUUGAUAGGCAUGAUUGGUUCGUGCAGAGGAGGUUGCCUGGGGGCCAGACACGGGAGGUUAGGUAUGUGAUUGAUUACUAUGAGGGACCGCCGGAGCCGACAGGGGAGCCUGUGUUCUUCUUGGACGUUAGGCCGGCGGUGGAUGGGCCGACAGCAGCGUUGGAGAGGACGAUGCGAUGGGGUGGAGACGUAUGGUAUCGGGCCAGCGGAGGGAGUGUGAGGGAACAAAGCACGGAGAGUAGAUAG